AUGCCUCCCAAGCCAUUCAAGCCGUACGGCAUGCCACCUCCACUAGACAUCGAGGAAUUCAAAGACUCCUUCGAGAUCUGGCACCAGCAGUGGGAUAUAUUCCUUGCUCUGUCGACCAUCAACACUGCACUUCCGCAACACGACCGACCAGAAUAUAUUGCUAACAUCUUGCUGUCCUGCCUCUCCAACGCGACGCUGAAGGCUGUGCUCACCAUGGGUUUGGCGCCACUUGAGCUCAAAGAUGCAGACAUCAUUAUUGGGAAGCUGCAGGAGAGGUGUAAUGCUGGCCGCAAUUGUCAUGUGUGGCGCCAGAAGUUUUCAUCCCGCGUCCAGCGUGACACCGAAUCGGCCGAUUCUUGGCUCAGCGACUUGCGCGAUCUCGCGCGCAAAUGCGAAUUUGAAAAAGAUUGCUGUGCAGCCUGCCAGAACACGCGCAUUUUGGGCCAAGUUGUCUUUGGCGUUUUCGACGACGAGGUCCGCCGCAAGCUACUGGAACAGGGCGCCACUUUAACCCUGGAUAUGGCGCUUACAAUGCUCCGUACAGUGGAGGCCACCCGGCUUCAGGCGUCCACCAUCAAACAGGGUGGUGCAGCCCCCGUCCACCAGUUAAAGACUCCGGCGGCCAAACCACCUAUGGGAAAGCCGGCCACUCAACACCGGGAUCAGCAGCGUGGACGUCCAGCAGCUCGUUGGCAUCCGCCUGGAACUAAGCCGUAUGGGUGUUGGAAUUGCGGAUCAACCUCUCGUCACGCUAAAGAAGAUUGCCCCGCCUUCGGCAAGGAAUGUCUUGGUUGCCACAAAACGGGCCACUUCCAGGCAGUAUAUACCCAGGGCGGCAGUUCAACCCCGAAACCUGAGAUGGCUGGCAGCAUCACGAUCCAGUCUAUCAUCCCUGAUGACAUGGUCGAGCUUGGUGUCGUCCCGGCUUCCAGCAACUCUUCUAUUGUCAUCCGUGUGCUCCCUGACUCCGGUGCGUCGAUUGAUGCGAUCCCGGCCGCCAUGUUCUGGAGCCACUUCAAGCACGUUCAACUAAUUGAUGGCGGACCAAACGCAGUCACGGCCACCGGGGCGGCUAUUUCUUCACUUGGCCACUUCUCAGCCACGUUGUCAUGGUCCGGCGGAUCACUUCAUCCCGUGACCACAACCAUCCAUGUCCUCCGGGACCUUCAACAGCCGGUGCUCUCAAAGGCGACACAAAAACAAUUCGGCAUGCUACCGGCUCAAUACCCGCAUUCCUGUGUGCUAGCUGCGGUUAUGCCUCCGCUUUUGCCAGCUUCAACCCCAAUUGAUGACGUCAUGUCUACAUUGCGCGUUCUUAUGGCGGAGUGCCCUUUGAUUUUCGAUGGAGUGUGCCGACCCAUGCGUGGUCCUCCAUGCCACUUUCAACUAAAGGAGGGCGCAAUCCCUUCUGCCAUCCGUGGAUCCCGUCCCAUUGCAGUGCCUCUCAUGCCAAGGGUCAAACAGGAGCUGGACUCGCUGGAAGACCAAGGCAUCAUCAGCCAGGUGCCUGAGCCGACGUUGUGGGUCCACCCAAUCGUUAUUGUCCCAAAGGACGAUGGCGGAAUCCGCAUAUGCGGCGACUUUACGUCGCUCAACCGCUGCAUCAUCCGGCCCACCUUUGAUUCCCCGACUCCGUUCCAGGCGGUCCGGACCAUCCCGACGGGGAUGAAAUUCUUCACAGUUAUUGACGCCCUCAAGGGCUAUCACCAGGUGGAGCUGGAUGAGGAGUCAAGUGCCAUGACGACGUUCUCCACUCCGUUUGGCCGCUACAAGUACAACCGUCUCCCGUUUGGCGUCUCGUUAGCCGGCGACGACUACGGCAGACGUCUCGCAAAUAUUUUCGACGAUUUGCCGAACUGUCGCCGUGUAGUCGAGGAUAUUCUGGUUUUCUCUCCCACUUGGGAAGAACAUGUGGACCUCGUCCGUCGCCUUUUCCGCCUCGCCGCUGAUCACCAGAUCGCCAUUAACGUUCGCAAGGUUGUUUUUGCUCAACCGUCAGUGUUGUUCGGUGGCUACGUAGUAGGCGAGAGUGGCUUCCGACCCAGCCCGGAUUUAGCCCGGAUUUCGUUACAGAUCAUCGCCCUUUGA